AUGGCCCCCCGCAAGAGCAAGAAGUCUAACGACACCCUGGCGUCUCGCCUGGCCCUCGUCAUGAAGUCGGGCAAGGUCACCCUCGGCUACAAGUCUUCCAUGAAGGCUCUCCGCAUGGGCAAGGCGAAGCUCGUGCUCAUCGCCGGCAACACCCCGCCCCUCCGCAAGUCGGAGCUCGAGUACUACGCCAUGCUGGCCAAGACCAACGUCCACCACUUCAGCGGCAACAACAUCGAGUUGGGAACUGCGUGCGGAAAGCUGUUCAGGUGCUCCACCCUCGUCGUGCUCGAUGCCGGUGAUUCGGACAUCCUGGCCGAGCAGUCCGCUUAA